AUGGCGUCGGAACGCGUGCAGGUCUUCGAAGACUCUGAGGCCGACAGUGCCUCUGAUGUGAGCUACUUCUCCGAUGCCAGCCCGCCUCGACAACGCCGUCGACCUCGCCGGACGCAACACUUGAACCCUGGCUACAUUCGAGUGGAUGGCAAAGUCCCUCCUGUGGUCCAUACGGUGGAAUAUGUUGGUCGCCGGAACAGAAUAUUCGCUCUUCGGCAAAGCACGAAGCCUUUCAAUCGCAUCCUUGAAUCGAAAGUCCUUGCCAACGAUCAGCCCCAUGUUGGCCAAGGAGAUGGCGAGAACGCUGAGCUGGAGCAAAGGCCGAUCAUCGAAAUUACCACUCAUGUCAAUUCGCGCCGCGAUCGGGGUCACAUCCGUUCUUAUCGUCGGCGGGACAGAGUGAUCCGCCAGCCUGUCACUGCGGCUUUUGGCAACGCACGCGAUUAUGUCAGCGGCUCAGAGAGUGAGGUGGACGACGUGGUCUCCCCCUUUGUGGUGAUGCGAGAUGCCGAGAUGACAAUCUGGUCCGAGCAUCUCAAGAACGCCCUCAAAGCUGUCGUAGCAUACUACCCGUUCUUCAAGCUAUCAGAGGAGACACUAAAGAUCCCCUCACCAUACCAUAUCCUCUACCACCAUCGCCAAGAAUUGUCUACAUAUCGCAACAAUCAGCCUGAGACGCAUUCCGCAGAAUAUGCAGCGACUACCUCAGCUCACAUCGAUGUACUUCUGGACUUCCUGGAAACAAAUCAGUGCUCCGGUGUCCGCAAAGAAGAAGAACUCCACAAACUUGAUGUGCCGUUGGCCACAUUCAAAUACUUCUGGCUGCUCCUCAAGCCGGGCUCUGUCGUCUACGCGAAGCGUUACAACAUAUGGACUCCAUAUAUUGUGAGCAACAUUAUCUCCGGCGGAGAUGGCCAGUCUAUCAAGGUCAAUGGCUGGCUUCUUGAAUCUGGCGGCGCCCGAGUUGAGCGCUUCAUGGAGUCUUUCACCGUCCCACCCUGGCUUGGUGAGCAGGCCAUCAGUACGUUGCCCGUUGUUCCUGCUGCCUAUUGGAAGGAUGAUCUUGAGGCGCAAAACGGCCUGCCCAUGUAUGAAAAGUGCGUUGCCGAGGGCAAGAUGUACUGGGAUCUUCUGCAAGGACCAAAGUACAUGCAAUAUGAUGGACAUCUCGUCGAGUCCGGUGACAGAGGUAGACAUGCUGGUGGGCCCUGUGGCUUUAUGUCAAGCCGUGUUGUCUGCGACAUUGCUGGUCUCGAGAAGUUCAUGAACAUGGGCCCGCCGUCCUUGGACUUUGCACCACCGUCCCCACGCCGGGAACGCCCUGUUCGCCCGCCCCCCAAAGACCAUCUGCCAAAGUCUCGUCCGCGUUGCACAUGUGACAAUUGUGCCGACUUGAGACCAGCUGGGGAGAAUUACAGCCCCUGGUUUGGAUACGAAGACCUUGAUCCAACCAGGGAUACUCCUCCAGAUGAUGAUCUGUUCUACGUUUUGUUGAGCAACACAGUUCCUGGUUUCAUCCUUGGCAGUCGCCGGUGGGGCCACCUCAACAUCGCCCAUCUCAAGCCUGUCGAGACUGACAAGAAUGCGUUCAAUUCACUGAUGAUCGAUGAAGACAUCAAAGUGACAGUCAAGGCCCUGAUCGGUCAGUUUGCAGCCAAUGCCGACGGCAUGAUCAAGCCCUGGGGAAACGACUUUAUCAAGCAUAAGGGCGAUGGUCGAAUCUUCUUGUUUCACGGCGAGCCCGGCGUCGGAAAGACGUGUACCGCUGAGUGUAUUGCAGAGCUCACGGGCCGACCUUUGCUGUCGCUCACUGCUGGCGACCUAGGCAUCGACUCGUGGCGGGUGGAACAGAAUCUCAACUACUUCCUCGACCUAGGCCAGCGUUAUGGCGCCCUCGUGCUACUUGAUGAGGCGGAUGUCUACCUUGAGCGACGUCGUGCCCGUGACAUUGACCGCAACGGACUCGUCUCGGUCUUCUUGCGCGCUCUUGAGUACUAUAGAGGCUGCAUCAUCAUCUCGACCAACCGCGUUCGCGCUUUCGACAAGGCCUUCAUGUCCCGCAUCCACGUCGCCCUGCACUACAAGAACCUGCGCAACGAGGACCGCGAGCGCAUCUGGGACAACAAUUUUGAACGCCUGAAGCGCGACUCUGGGGGCAAGGUGCAUGUCUCGGUGGCGGCCAAGGACUACAUUUGGGAGAGUCGCGAUGUGCGCGACCUGACCUGGAACGGCCGCGAGAUUCGCAACGCGAUGCAGACAGCUCUGGCACUGGCGGAGGCAGAGUCCGCGGAGGAGGGUUUGGACAAGAUCACGAUCACGGAGAAGCACGUGCGGGCUGUUGUCAAGCUGAGCGCUUCGUUCAAGGACUUUAUCAGGGAUUCGAUGCCCGAUGACACGAUGAGCUCUUGA